UUCCUCUUCUUUCUCUCGCCGUUCUAUCCUCAAACCACAAUACGAAUCAUUCGAGUUUGCAAGAUCAGGGAUUGUGUAAAAUUUCAAUGCUAUUUAGCACUCUCUUAUGAGAUUACUCCUUAAUUUCCAGAAAUGGAUGGUCUCACUCUCGCCACCGCCACUUCCACCAAUACCACUGCUUGCUCUUCCUUGCGUAUCAAUAAGUCUCUCUUUCCUCUGUUAUCAGCUAGAAUAAGAGGUGUAAGAAGUAGAAGAAGAGAAGUAGGGUUUAUUAGAAAGAGUAAAUUUGUUGUAUUGGCAGCAAAAGAAGAAGAGCCCAACCUUGACCAGUGGGACCAAAUGGAGCUCAAGUUUGGCCGCAUGCUCGGUGAAGACCCCAAGCUCACCCUUGCCAAGAUAAUGGCUAGAAAGGCAAACCCGGAUGUUUCUUAUCUCGAAGUUGAGAAAUCAUUUUACAAGAACAAGGGUAAAAUAGUGGAAAUAAAGGAACUUCCUUUUGAUGUAUCUAAGGAUAAGAAACCAUCAAAUUCAUUAGAUGGAUUGAAUUUGGUCCGCCCUGUUCCUAAAUCCGGAUUUGAAGUUCCAGCUGAUGAUAAGCCAGUAGCAGCACCAGCCAUAAAGAAGCCGAGCAAACCAGUUGGAAAAGCCAUAGAUAGUACUAAGCGUAGUGUUCCUAAUGUUAUCUUAAGAAAGCCAGCUAUGUUCCUUGAAGAUGAUGUGGAAGAUAAGCCUACUUCAAGGUCUAAAGUGAGGAUUAAACCAAAUUUGACCUUGAAAAUGAGAAAUGAUCAAGCCAGGGAGGAGUUUAGUGAUAUGACUCUGUUGAGAAAGCCAGAACCAUUGAGUGUAAAGGAAGAAUCUUUGGAUAAUGCAGAUACCGACAUUUGCAAUGAUGCAACUAGAUCAAGAACGUUGAAAGAAGAGGAUGUGAAUAACUAUAGUGGUUUUACACUAUUAGAGAAGCCUGAGAAUACAUUGAGUGAUGUUCAGCAAUCUUCUGAAACUGGGACUAGGUCAGUUGCAAAUGAUCAAGAGCUAGAAGAUGAUUCCAGAUUAGAAAUGCAGCCACUUGAUGAGAGCAAGAUUGAGCCCAGUACACAGAGAACUGCCAUAAAUGUACAAUCUGAUGGAAAUUCUGUUGAUUCCCCUGUCAAGAUCUCAUUAGAAGCUACGCUGCAAGGGAAGCCAAAGAGAUUAGACCAAUCACUGAAGGAAGCAUCAACCGCUAGUGUAGCAGAGACAUCUGUUUUAAAUCCAGAAACUCAUGGAAAUGUUGAUGAGCUUUUGAACCGCCCUCCUACAUCGCCUUUAGAGGAUGCUGACUGGUCCAAAGCAGAAAAGCUGCUCAGGACAGGACAUAGGGGAGAGGUGGAGUUAGUCAGCGCUAGUACAAGAGGUUUUGUUGUAUCUUUUGGCUCAUUGGUAGGGUUUUUGCCGUACCGUAAUCUUGCUGCAAAAUGGAAGUUUUUAGCAUUUGAGUCUUGGGUGAAGCAGAAAGGGUUAGACCCAUCAAUGUAUAAGCAAAAUUUAGGAAUCAUUGGCAGUUAUGAUGUCUUCGACAAGAACUUUUCUCCUGAUUCAAGAGCGGAUCCACAAAUUACUCGACAAGGUGGACCAGAAAUUACACCAGAUUUGAAAUUGGAGGAUCUUCUUAGGAUUUAUGACCAAGAGAAACUCAAAUUCUUGUCCUCAUUUGUUGGUCAGAAAAUUAAGGUGAAUGUGGUAAUGGCUGACCGGAAAUUGAGGAAAUUUAUAGUUUCUUUGAGGCCAAAAGAGAAGGAAGAGUCGAUUGAGAAGAAGAGAAAACUCAUGGCUACACUUCAAAUCGGAGAUGUUGUGAAAUGCUGCAUCAAGAAAAUAACUUACUUUGGAAUUUUUGUUGAGGUUGAAGGUGUGCCGGCAUUAAUUCACCAGACAGAGGUGUCAUGGGAUGUAACCUUGGACCCUGCAUCAUAUUUUAAAGUUGGUCAGAUUGUGGAGGCAAAAGUUCACCAAUUGGAUUUCACAAUGGAACGUAUUUUCUUAUCAUUAAAGGAGAUUAUGCCUGAUCCACUGAUUGAGGCCUUGGAAUCUGUGGUUGGUGAUCGUGAUUCCUUGGAUGGGAGAUUACAAGUGGUGGAGGCAGAUUCUGAGUGGACUGAAGUCGAAUCACUUAUUAAAGAACUGCAACAAAUUGAAGGGGUCCAGUCUGUAACUAAAGGCCGUUUUUUCUUGAGUCCUGGUUUAGCUCCGACAUUUCAGGUAUAUAUGGCAUCCAUGUUUGAGAACCAGUAUAAGUUACUUGCUCGAUCUGGAAACAAAGUACAAGAGGUGAUAGUUGAAGCAUCAUUGGAUAAAGAAGAAAUGAAAUCUACGAUUUUAUCAUGCACUAACAGAGUAGAAUAACAAAAUUUCUCGGAAGUUCACAAACUUUCAUAUAUUCCCUUAUUCAGCCCACAUAGAUGGUGCGCUGUAUUGCUCCCUUGAUACUGCAGAUUUGAUAGAGAGUAAAAGCAGAAUCUCAUUGCAGUGACAAGGCAUAUGGGGAGGAAGAGAAUGGAAAAGGGCAAAGGUGAUGCUUUUUCAGUUUUUCAUCGUGUGGUAGAAAGAAGUUGAUGAUGCAGGAAUCAUUUAAAUUACAGGUUUAUAUUGGUGUCACACCAGAACAGAAAAUUCAAUUUCAUUUUGUAUUUUUUUUCUUUCUGGAGUUGAGCUUCCUCCCGUUUCUUCUCUUAUUAGACUUAAUUAUGUGGACUCUGUAGCUCUAAUCUCUGUCUUUUAAUUAACUAUCCAUCAAUUGACUAGGACUGUUUUAAAUGAGAAGGGUACUCAUCAUGCAGCAGUAUUUAUGCUUUA